AUGCGAGACCACAUGGAUAAAGUCUGGAGCCAAGCACGAGCAAUGGUCGAUGACCGACGUGCUCGAGGUGAUCGUCGAGAGUGUAUGAUCGAUAUGAAGUUGGAUGAGUAUGAAAAGAACGGCUGGCCUAUGUCGCAGCACGCCUUCAACAAUCUUUUUGGCGAAUUGAUGGAAGCAGGUGCUGAUACCACAGCCAAUCAGAUUCUUACUUUGAUCUUGGCUUUGGCGAAAUAUCCUCAGUUCCGGGAGAAGGCGAGAGUGGAGAUUGAUGCUGUUUGUGGUACGGAACGAGCACCUGUGUUUUCGGAUUUCGCGAAGAUGCCUUAUGUGAAUGCUAUCGUGAAGGAAGGUUUGCGAUGGAGACCAACGUCCGACCUAGGACUGCCUCAUACCGUCACCAAGGAUGACUACUAG